AUUUGUUGUAGCACCAGUCAGAAAUUAAAAAAGUAGCUUAUAUGUAACUUCAGGCAGAACAGGUUAAUCAAAAUGUACAGUUUGGCGAAAAUACUUAAUUAGCAUAUUUAUGAAUUGAGACACAUUGUGUUAUGUUCUAGAUGAAAAAUAAUUAGGCGAUAUGACAGACGUUCAAGUUCCACGGUGUGGUAUGGGGCCAGGGCCCAUAACUCUUCCAGCAAUUGCUUGGUACGAGUUUAUUCUCGAUGAGAAACUUCUCGAGGAGCAUCUCAAAAAGGACAAUCCAGAUCCCAGUCCAGUAGAUUUAAUCAUCCAAUUCCUUCAGCAAGCUGACGUUGAGUUGACCAAUGCCGCACUCAACAAGGAACAACAACAACAGAGGGCAAUAACUCCACAGCCUCUAAUAUAUGAGCCGAAACCUGACACCAAUGGAAAAGUUUUAGAAGAGAACAAGAAGGUCAAAGCUCUCAGGCUGCUGGCUAUGAAGGUGGCUGCACAUCUCAAAUGGAACAUGAAUGUUCUUGAAAAAGGCGUGCCACUUCCAGUGUCACAGACGUUGUUGGUUGAGUUACUACGCAUGACGAUGGGUGACUUGAUGGUCAGUGCUAAAGAUCCUGACCUUGACCUGUCAACACUGUCUGAUGAAGCAGCGUUCGCAGUUCAUCUCUAUCACAGAUGGUGUUUGCAUUCUGUUGUGAAAGACAGCUUCCCAUGUCGGCCACCAAGACAAGUCUUUUUCCCUAUACCUGGUCAGGUGGACCCAGCGAUGGCUAUGGCUGCUGCAACAGAAGCUAUUUGCAAUGGGCUGAGAGACGAGUUGUCCACGUCCAUCACAAUACUACAGCACUUGAUUGAUUCCCAGAGUCACCUACGCAUGCCAACUCCACAGUGUUUUGCUGUGCCCAGUGAGAACUCGGACGUCCAGUUCAACUGGACAGAUGCAAUCAGUAUACCGAGAGAGGAGGUUAUUGCUCAGGUGACCUACGACCUUGGGUCUGUUUUAUUUCACAAGUCUGAAUACAAACAAGCGUUUGAAUUGUUCCGAAGAUCACAGGAAGUCUUUGACAAGUUGAACAAUCCAGUAUACUGCUGUCUGAAUGCGGCCAGAUUAAAGGGCUACCUCGUCAGCUGUACCAGUCUGUUGGGUGUCACGCGGCAGGCUAGUCUCAGUCUGUAUGAACGAGCAGAGGCAUCCAGGAAAAACAACUUCCGGGGUCUUGUGGACGUAUUUCUGGAGGACAACCUGAAGAAAGAGCUCAACAUGGUGUAUCGUUCCAACAUCGAGGACGAACUAUCUCGCUGUGGUCGAAGUUUAUUUCGGGUGUAUACGGAAGUGGUGAUCUGCAAUGUGGUGCGAGGCGUUCUGGACGGGAAGGCUCUGGUCUCGCCCAUACUGGAUAUACUAGAGAACACUGAUCAUGAUGUUGUCUUGUUUCUCGUCCGAGUAAUUUCUGAUGUUAUGAAGGGUGCAUCAUUUAAGCAAAGACCUAAUUUGAAGUGCUUUAUAUGGCACCUGGUGGAGAUGUCUCCCACGGAGUGUGGUUUGACGAACGUGGUCCUGAAGAGUGGUCUGGCAACAUACUUCGACCGAGACGAGAGGACGGAGAUGGUCCUCGGGGAGGAAGGAGACGAAAUGUAUUUGGAGGAUUUUGAGAUGGACGAGUCUACGUGUACAACAAUAUCGUCAGUUUCCUCACAGAGAGAAAUGUCGUACAACAUCAAUGAUAUAGAGGGUCGUCUGCUCACGGUGUAUGAUCCAGACAUGAUCAAGGAUCUCGUGAAAGAACUCCACUCAAAACAGAACUGGAAACUGGUGGACUUCGUCAAUCUGAACGACAAGUGGAAGGUUACUCGAGAGAUCCGUCGUAUCAUUGACGGUAUGUCCCAGUUCGGUUUGCAGCAGUGCUAUAUAUAUGUUUUACUGGGCAAGGCUCGACACUGUAUGGAUCUGAAGAUAUUUGAACGAGCCCGUCAGCUCUUAGGAGUUGUCGACAACACACUUGGUGAGCUGACAUACGCAUAUGUGAUAUCAAAACAUGUCCGAUGGCAAGCUUUGCUGUGCGACCUACUUCAGUAUUAUCUCAACCAGUCAUUUGGAGAGGGCUCCACCCUGCAGGACCUCGUAAAGAAAACAAAGACAUGCUUGACGACCAUUCGGCUAGGACAAGACAUACAACCAAGUGACGAAGUGCUGGAACAGUGUACUGCAUUCCUGUUGAACAUACGCGACUGGGACUAUCUGACAAACCUCGAGAACUCCGCCAAUGGUUACAUUGAGGUUAGUCGUCUGAUGGCAUGUGCAUGCAGGGAACUUCCAAUGUCAAAAACUGCUCGCAAAUUAGCGAGAGAUUUCUGGGAAGCAGUUAUAAAGAUCUUUCAAACAAACAGCACACAAAAACGCAGUAAUAGUGGACGGGACAGUGCUAUUCACCGCGAUCAGCAAAUCGGCAUUUUGUCACGAGAUGCCUUUCUUACCUACAUAUACCGAAUUAAGGAGCCAACCAUAUUGACCUUGAUGAUAUCGAUGCUAACCAAACUGUUCACAAUGCUAAAGGAUGAAAUAACCAGUGAAAUCUCUAGUGAAUACCUUGGACUGUGGCCCACCGUAGUUAACAACAUCAGUACAAUGAGCAUUCAGUCGGUGGAAGAUGCACUGACAGCACUGAUGGAACAUGCUUUGGAAGUCUGUCCAACACAAACCUCGUGGCUGCGCACUCAGGCAGACAUAUACUUCGCCAACAGUCAGUAUUCAUCUGCUAUGAAGUAUUAUCUUGAAGCGGGGGUUGUUGCGACGGAUUUCUUCACUCGACCUUUCACCAAGACGACCUUCGAUGAUCAGAUCUACAGGAAAAUGAUCAAAUGCUGUUCUUAUUUACAGUGUCAUACCCAGGUGGCUCUUCUGUGUCAGUUCCUCGAUGACGUGGACUACACGACGGCGUUCAAAUCCCUGCAGGAGCGCAACACCUAUGACGCUAUGGAUGCCUACUACUGCUGCAUUUGGGACGUCAGCAUGCUGGAGUACCUCAUUCAUCUACAUACUAAACGAGGGGAAACAGAGAAGCGACAAUCUGCACUUCGAGCCCUCAGUCAGAUUGAUGUUAACAGCAGCAAUCCAGAGGAAGUCCAGCGUCGAGCCGUAUGUCUGAGGAAGAACAAGUUCUUACGAGCUCUAGCUAAACAGUACCUCACAUGACGACAGUUGUGAUAACCAAGAAACAACUCUUCAUCAAACACAUUAAACUGACUACAAGUUAUUACGAGCUCUAGCUAAACAGUACCUCACAUGACGACAGUUGUGAUAACCAAGAAACAACUCUCCAUCAAACACAUUACACUGACUACAAGUUAUUACGAGCUCUAGCUAAACAGUACCUCACAUGAUGACAGUUGUGAUAACCAAGAAACAACUCUUCAUCAAACACAUUAAACUGACUACAAGUUAUUACGAGCUCUAGCUAAACAGUACCUCACAUGAUGACAGUUGUGAUAACCAAGAAACAACUCUUCAUCAAACACAUUAAACUGACUACAAGUUAUUACGAGCUCUAGCUAAACAGUACCUCACAUGAUGACAGUUGUGAUAACCAAGAAACAACUCUUCAUCAAACACAUUAAACUGACUACAAGUUAUUACGAGCUCUAGCUAAACAGUACCUCACAUGAUGACAGUUGUGAUAACCAAGAAACAACUCUUCAUCAAACACAUUA